AUGGGUAGCAGACGUCACAAGAAUAAGCAAGCCGCUCCACCUACUCUUGAAGAAUUCCAAGCUAAAAAGGAGAGAAAACUAAAUAGAAUAAAGGAAAAAGAAUUGGCAAAGACUAAAAGAGCUAGCCAACAAGAUGAAGAAGAGAAUAAAAGAAAAGUAAAAAAAUCCAAACAUUCUCAUGAACAUUCCAAGAGCAAACAUUCUAGUAAAAAACAUCAUCACAAGCAUGAUGAAGAUGAAGAAGAAAACCAAGAAAUUCCUGAUGAUUUACCUGAAGUUGAUUUAGAAGCUCUAUCUAAAGCUAAAAAGAGUUUAUUUGAUGAUGAUGAUGAUGCUCAAAAUGAUGAUGAUGAAGAAGAGUUACAGGAUGAAUUUGAUAUUGAACAAGAAUAUGAAUAUGAUGAAGAUGAAAAUGAUCAAGAUAAAAAAAUGUUCUCUGAUGAUGAAGGUGAUUUAGACGAAUUGAAUGCAGCUAAUAUGGAAGCUUUGUCCCAAAAAUUAGACGAAGAAGAAGCCUUGGAAGCUGAAGAAGCUGAAGAAGAAUUAAUGGAAGCCGAUAAAUUACAACCAAGAGCCGAGAUCUUACCAUCUGAAGAAGAAUUACAAGUUAAUGCCGGUCAACCAAGUGAUUUAACCUCUAUUAGAACUAGAAUGCUAGAAAUCGUAAAAGUUUUAGAAGAUUUUAAGAAUUUGGGUGCUGAAAAUAGAUCUAGAAGUGAAUAUACAGAAAGAUUAUUACAGGAUAUUUGUGAAUACUUCGGUUAUACACCAUUCUUAGCCGAAAAAUUAUUUAACUUAUUCUCUCCAUCAGAAGCUAUAGAAUUUUUCGAAGCUAAUGAAGUUUCUAGACCAAUUACAAUUAGAACAAAUACUUUGAAAACAAGAAGAAGGGAUUUAGCACAAGCAUUAGUUAACAGAGGUGUUAAUUUACAACCAAUUGGUGCUUGGACUAAGGUAGGUUUACAGAUCUUUGACUCCCAAGUUCCAAUUGGUGCUACUCCAGAAUAUCUAGCAGGUAAUUAUAUUUUACAAGCUGCUUCUUCCUUUUUACCAGUAAUUGCUUUAGAUCCACAAGAAAAUGAACGUGUUCUAGAUAUGGCUUCUGCUCCAGGUGGUAAAACAACUUAUAUUUCUGCUUUGAUGAAAAACACAGGUUGUAUUUUUGCCAAUGAUGCUAAUAAAGCAAGAACUAAAUCUUUAAUUGCUAACAUACAUCGUCUAGGUUGUACUAACACUAUCGUAUGUAAUUACGAUGCCCGUGAAUUUCCAAAAGUUAUUGGUGGAUUCGAUAGAAUUUUAUUAGAUGCUCCAUGUUCUGGUACAGGUGUUAUUGGUAAGGAUCAAUCUGUUAAAGUUUCCAGAACUGAAAAGGACUUUAUUCAAAUUCCUCAUUUACAGAAACAAUUAAUUUUAUCUGCUAUCGAUUCCCUAGACUCUAAUUCUAAAAAUGGUGGUGUAUUAGUUUAUUCAACUUGUUCAGUUGCUGUUGAGGAAGACGAAGCAGUAGUAGAUUAUGCAUUAAGAAAAAGACCAAAUGUUAAAUUAGUUGAAACAGGAUUAGCUAUUGGUAAAGAAGGUUUCACUUCCUAUAGAGGUAAAAAAUUCCAUCCAAGUGUAAAAUUAACAAGAAGAUAUUAUCCACAUACUUAUAAUGUUGAUGGUUUCUUUGUUGCUAAAUUCCAAAAAACUGGCCCAUCUAAAUAUGACGACAACCAAGCUAGUGCUAAAGAAAAGGAAGCUCUUGCAAGACAAGAAGCUGAAGAAGAAGGUAUUAUUCAAGAUGAUUUUGCCAACUUCGAUGACGAGGAAGAUGAAAAAUAUAUUGAAAAAUCCAAGAAAAUUAAUUUAUUGAAAAAAGGUGUUAAUCCUAAGGCAUCUAAACAAACUACGAAGAAAUAA